GUGCGAACUCCUCUUCGCUGUGCCACAUCGAUAUACGGGCAGCCUCGCCACGACCCGCGGAACUUGCGUUGUCUGUCAAUCGAAUUCGCUCCCAUCAUGUCGCACCCACCACCAAAACAUCUCGACCUCAGGUCGAAAUCGCAAGCAUCUGUCUCGCGACCUCUACGAUCACCCCGCCUCCAUAUCGCUGGCGAAGUGCCCCCGGAGCUCUCGCCUCUGGAUGCUUUUGCGCUGCAAAGUCGGCUUCUGGCAAAGCAAUUGGAGGAUAGCGCAAAGCAGGGUCGACGCAUGAGCCGGCUGCCUCCAUUGACGGACGACAGCCCCUUAAUUGUUCAGGGCAGGUCGGACUACUUUCGGUCUUUAUCGCAAGACUCCGGAUCCGAGGAGGAACACCCGCCACUCCAGAACGUAGGGCUCGGCUUAAAGACGGACAUAGAUGACGAUGUCGCCAAUCGACCACGAUCGAUGCACCCGCGCUUGAGCCAAAUUCCGCCCACCCCUGACAACUCCAUACCGGUGCCCGCCGUGCCGAAUUGGUCCAAUACAGACCCCCUUAAAGCAAAACAGCCAAGUGCUCCGGCCCCGGAUGAAGGUUUCUUUGGUGUAGGAGCACGCAGGGAGCGGUCACCAUCUCCCAUGGGCACCGGCCCUUCACAAAGACAGGCUGAGGGGCGGUCGGCAACCCAGGACAGUUUGCCUUGUCACUCUCCUGGGGCGGGCGUGUCUGUAACCAGCUCCCCCGAUCCGCCUGCUCAGAGCUCAUUUGAUGCUGCGGGACUCGUCCCUCCCAGGCCUAUGUUUACGAAGCGGUCCUCUAGCCUGAAUUCGUCGCCUCUCGAAUCCACCGACGAAGAAGGAAUCAGCACCAUGAGCACCUCUCUUCACUCAAUGGACUCCCGAAAGUUCUCCUCAAGCAGCAGCGUUUUUUCUCCGGCUCAGCCUUCAUUUCAACGCUCGCCUUCGGUCGCGUCAGACGCUUCUGGCCUUCCUCGGCCACAGUUCAACUUUUCCAGGCCACUCAGCAGAGCAGGAACCCCAAGUGUUGAGGCGCCAGCGCGUCAAGCGUCAUCCGACAGCCAUAAUUCAUCCUUGGCGGCAGACGAUACUGUCUGUACGCCACGCAGUUUCACCAGCGAAGCAUCCCGUGAACCGACUGUUGAUGAAGGCACUGGAGCGGCACCGUCAUACAUCUACUCCAAAUUCUCCUUGCCGCGCGGCAAGCCGGUGCAGAGAUCGUCAAUGAUCCUGCUCAACGACCCGCCGGCCCGCUCCUCAAUGGAACAAGCUGUCUCGCCAACGAGCAACGCGGCUCAUCCUGGAAUCGGCCAUCCUCCGCCAUCUCCUCCCGCCCGGCCACCUAGCUCCUCAGAAAACCACCAGUCCGAUGCCUCGCGGCCAUCGGAUGAGGAGCAUCGAGGGCGAAGCUUGGGUUCCCAUAUGAAUGACGCCGCUGCCGGGAAAUCGUUGGCAUCCGCUUCCACGAGCGACUCCGCUAGCACCAUCAAGGCUAGCAAGUCGGUGCAUUCUGUUGCUCCCACGAUGUCGGACUUAUCGGCGGAAGAACAUGUGAACAAGGCGAUUGCCCUCCACGAGAGCGGCGCUCUGCAAGAGUCGACCUGGCAUCUGCGGCACGCAGCCAAGCAAGGCCACCCCACCGGUAUGCUGUUGUACGCUCUUGCCUGCCGGCAUGGCUGGGGGAUGCGCCCGAAUCCGCGGGAGGGUGUUGAGUGGCUGCGGAAAGCCGCUGACUCCGCCAGCUUGGAGAUAGCCGACGAAGAAGAUCAGGUCCGGGAAGGCAAGAAGGUGGACGUUGCGGAGCGAAAGACGCACAAGGCGCAGUUCGCGCUCAGUAUCUACGAGCUAGGCGUGAGCCACAUGAACGGGUGGGGCAUUGAGCAGGACAAGGCUCUUGCCCUGCGUUGCUUCGAAAUCGCUGCGUCUUGGGGUGACGUCGAUGCGCUUGCCGAGGCCGGUUUCUGCUACGCGCAGGGCAUUGGCUGUAAGAAGGAUCUGAAGAAGAGCGCCAAGUACUACCGUGAAGCCGAAGCCAGGGGGAUGAACAUGGUCGGCAACAGCUGGAUCCACAAGCCCAAGUACAACGAUGACAACGACAAGCAGCCCCGGUCCAAGUCGAAGUCAAGAAAGAGCAUAUUCAGCCGGAAGAAGGAUUAAUGAAGGGUGAACAAACCCCUGGCGCUGUGUUUGCAGUAAAAAAACACAACGUCUUGACGAUUAUGACACAUAUGCAUCGACACGAUUUUACAUACCCACUUUGCUUACAUACCCACUUUGCGCUUUUACGGAGUUUCUGGGAAGUAGGUUUGAGAAGACGGGCGAGUACGCGGUACGUUGAAAGAGAGAGAACCGACACAGGAUUGUCCAAGGUUUGCUCUCUUCACUUCCAAGCCAUACCUUGGUUGCACACCGGCAGGUUUUUUUUUUUUUUUUUUUUUGUCU